GAUUCUUUCCGCACGCCAUGGCGACAGGCACGACGGCUGGCGGCGGCGGGUCGUUUGCCACGCCACUCGACGACACGAAUGCGCUCAUGUAUGCGUCCCGCAUGCAGUAUUUGCACGAUGACGAGUCAAAGGAUCGGACCCGGCCGGACACGCAGUUUAUGUCGAGAAAGCAAGCGCACAAGCAAGGCGCGUACAGUGCGACUGGGAAAACGCUGGACCAUCACCAUGGCCACCACGGCCACCACUACAACCGCCGCAUGAGCAUCAAGCAGCAACCAUCUCCCCACCACGACGUGGAAGCAAACUGGCAGCCCGUGUUCCAAGCAGGCUGCCACUUCUGGCAAAAUGUCGUGACGGGUGAAUGCAUUGCCGACGAGGCAAUGGGAUGUUCACCAUGCCCAUUUCAUGAACCGGAAGUGCACUGCGAAUGGAACGGCGAAGUCGACGAGCAAGAUGGGGACGUGACCCCGUUUCCGCCGUCGUUCCAGUUCCUCGAUGCCGCGACUGCUCGUAAGACGACUUGGUCUCUUGUUGUGAAAGUGGCGGUGUUAACAGGGUUUGACCCCAGCCAAGGCAGCCAAGAACAAGAGCAUCAACAAGUCAGUGCACCACAUUGUCAUGCGCAAGAGCGAGCGGUAGGCUGCGCAAUGAGCGUUCUGAGGCAUGAGGCGCGACUUCUCGCUCGACGAAAGUCCAGCACCGACGUAUCAUGUCUAAAAGCUGACACAAGUCGUCAAGUUCAGCCAUGAACGCUGCCAUGUUUUAUAGGAUAUGGCAACUACUGGUGCUGCCUAUUGAGUCGUG